AUGAUCGGAAACUUUAUUUUGACCAAAGAUGAGAUCAUCCAUGUACUUGUUGGUCAAAAAGGGAAAAGAGGGCCUUCCAACUCCAACACUGCUGGAGGUGGUGGAGGUACAUUUGUGGUGAGAGAAAACAACAUUUCCUUAAUCAUAGCUGGAGGUGGAGGGGGAAUUAAAAAUAUGUCAGAACAAGAUCCAGGAUGUGAUGCGUCCAUAAACACAACAGCGAAUGCAGGGAACAACUCGCCUUUGGGGUCAGGAGGAAGCAACGGACAUGGAGGUCUUUCUCAAGGUAAGCGGAGUGGCGGUUACGGUGGCGGCGGCUUCUAUAGUAAUAAACAACAUGCGAGCGGUACUGGUCAAGGAUAUUUUCAUGGAGGACAUGGUGGAUAUGCUAGGGGUGGUUUCGGAGGUGGCAGUGGUUUACAUCGGAACCGUGGAGCUGGAGGAGGUGGAGGUUACUCUGGAGGAAAUGGUGGAGCUAAUGAAGAGUUUUCCUGUGGGGGAGGGGGUGGAUCUUUUAACAAUGGGACAAAUCAGCAGAAUGAAUGUUGUUUUAAUAGGUAUGGAGAUGGUAGAGUGAUCAUCACGUUUCUUCAGUGA